GUGACAGGGACGUCCAAACGGAUGACAUGCCGAAGCUCAAAGUCGUCGAGAACUUCAUCUUGGAGAGCAUGAGAUACCAGCCCGUGGUGGACUUGGUCAUGCGCAAAGCCUUGCAGGACGAUGUGAUCGAUGGCUAUCCCGUGAAGAAAGGGACCAACAUUAUCCUGAACAUCGGGCGCAUGCAUAAGCUGGAAUUCUUCCCGAAGCCCAAUGAAUUCUCCCUUGACAAUUUUGAAAAGAGUGUCCCCUACCGUUACUUUCAGCCCUUUGGCUUUGGCCCCCGCGGCUGCGUUGGGAAGUUCAUCGCGAUGGUCAUGAUGAAGGCGAUCCUGGUGACCCUCUUGAGAAGGUGCAGCAUCCAGACUCUGAAAGGCGAAGGUCUUAACCACAUUCCCAAAAACAAUGACCUGUCUCUGCAUCCAAAUGAAACGCAGCCGUUGCUGGAAAUGAUCUUCACACCGAGAAAAUCCCUGGGCAAGAACGAUCAGGGUCAAUAA